AUGCUUUCUUUCUUUGGUCCUUGUGCUGCCUUCACCGCUUUUGUAUCUGCCGCUCGUGCUGUUGCUGCUGCUGUCACUGUUGGUGGGGGUGCUGCUGCUUCUGUUACUGCUGGUGGUGCUGCUGCUACUGGUGGUGCUGCUGCUACUGGUGGUGCUGCUGCCUCUGUUACUGCUUCUGGUGGUAGUGCUGCUGCUGUUAAUGCUGGUGGUGGUGGUGGUGCUUCUGCUGUUACUGCUGCUGCUGGUUCUUGUGCUGCUGUAUGUGCUAUUGGUCGUGCUGUUCCUGCUGUUACUGCUGCUGCUGACGCCGCCUCUGACUCUGCUGCUGUUGUUGCUGCUGCUGGUGCUGCUGCUGCUGCUGCUGCUGCUGCUGCUGCUGCUGCUGCUGCUGCUGCUGCUGCUGCUGCUGCUGCUGCUGCUGCUGCUGCUGCUGCUGCUGCUGCUGCUGCUGCUGCUGCUGCUGCUGCUGCUGCUGCUGCUGCUGCUGCUGCUGCUGCUGCUGCUGCUGCUGCUGUUGGCGUUGCCACUCCUCCUGUCCCCGGUCCUCCCCCGUGCGCCACCCUCUCUUGCAGCACUGCCUGCAUCUGCAGCAGCAGCUGCUUCAGCUUCUUGCGCCUGCGAGGGCUAACCUCCCCGCCGCGCUGCUUGCGCUUCAACCGGCCAUCGGACCCGAACCUUCCUUACUCCCUCGGUCCAUCGGAGCCUGGUAUGGCGAAGAUUGGUUCGGCAGAUUCUGGUUCGGCAGAACCUGCCUCGGCAAAGCCGACGCUACCUGCAGGUUCGGCAGCAGAGGGAUCAGAUCUAGGAGAGCGGCGUGCUGCUGGUUUGGGGGAAGAAGGCUCGCAGCAGCCACUGCAAGGUUCUUGA